UAUAGAAUUGCUUUGUGUCCACGCCUCUUUCAGAAAAGUACACCUUUUCUCUACCUUCCAUCAUUUCACCAACAAAUAGACCGAAAGCUGAAAAAAUAUCAAACACCGCCCAUCUCCGCCACCUCUCACCUCCUCCUCCGCCUUUCUCCAGCAACAAUCCGACCUUGGUUGGUCUUAUAUCAUUCUUUUGUUUUUUUCUUUCUUUCUUUCUUAAAUUUCCUCAAUUAGCGAUCGAUAUCAUCGAUCUUUGCCCUUUUUUUAUUUUUGGGGUAAAAUUUAGUAAAGAAGAACCCUAAUAUCUUUUGAGGCCCAAAAAAAAAAAAGGAACAUCAUUUCCAAUCGGUAGUUAUGGCCUUUCUCAACAAUGAUGAUUUCUCUGAAAAUCCUAAAGCUACUUCCAGAUUCAACCGAUCCUUAACGCUGCACAACCCAAACCCAGCGUACGAAUUUACCAAAACCCCCCUCCUUCCUCUCGAACGCACCGGCUCCGUCAAGAAGUUGUAUGGUUCCCCUUUUGGCUCAAUGGCUUCGGCGGGAAACUCGUUGAGGGGUAAGGUUCAGAAGCUUCGUUCCCUCUUCGAGAAACCCCCGCCGCAAUCUUCCCCUAGUUUAUCACCCCAGCCAUCAUCCUUAUCCUCAUCAUCAUUGUCCUCCUCUUCCAGACCCGCGAAAAGCUUAAGUUUGGAUCCCCCCCAUUUCCGCCUGCCUGGUACCGAGGACAGAGUUGUCAUUUACUUCACCAGCCUCCGGGGAAUCCGCAGAACCUACGCCGAUUGCUGCGCUGUUCGGAUGAUCUUCAAGGGCUUUCGCAUAAAUUUAGACGAGAGGGAUAUUUCCAUGGACAGCGCGUACAGGAAGGAAUUACAGAGCGUUUUGGGGGAGAAAACCGUGAGUUUACCUCAGGUGUUUGUCAAGGGGAAGUAUAUUGGUGGAGCUGAUGUUGUGAGGCAGCUGAAUGAGGCGGGCGAGCUCGCCAAAAUGCUCAAAGGAUUGCCUAUUCGAGCAGUAAAGCCUGGGUUAGGGUACAUUUGCGAAGGCUGUGGGGAUGCCAGGUUCGUCCCCUGCUCAAAUUGCAGUGGAAGUCGUAAAAUAUUUGACGAGGAUGAUGAGCAACUUAAGCGGUGCCCGGAGUGCAAUGAGAACGGCUUGAUUCGUUGCCCUGAGUGCUGCUAUUGAAUUAUCUGAAAAAGAAAAUGAAUAAUAAAAAAAAAAGAGAAGAAUUUCAUGCUGGUUUAGUUCAGACUUCAGAUAGUGAUAACCUGUUUGUGUUUGGUUUUUUGUUCCUUGAAUUGGGGUUAUACCAAAUUUCCAGUUUGUUGUACAUAAGAGUGUGAAAGAUGGUGCAUUCUCAAGGCGAAGUAUGGCCUUCGCCUGGGUCGUAUUGUACUGUAAAAAUUGUGGUUGCUUCCCUUGUGUAUGUAUAAGGGGGGUCUUUAAUGUAAGGAUUGGUAGCUGAUAUUGUGCUGCGUAUUUCAUGCAGCUUAUGGUAAACAUUAAUGGAAAUUGCCAUUAUUGUUAGUAAUGGGGAUCAUCAUUCAACUUUUUUUGCA